CUUUUGUUUGUGCAAAACGUUUUGAUUUACUGUAAAAACAAAUGUUUUCAAUUGAUUGAGUGGAUUGGACCUUGGUUAAGUGGUUACAGUGACCACCAUUUAACACAUUUUACCCCAAAUUAGAUCCACAUCUGGUUGUGGCAAACGCUGGGACAAUGGCUGAAGACCUGGACGUGGAGGCGAUGCUGGAGGAGGCCAUCAAACCAUACAAUCAUAAGGAGUCAAGCAAUGCGGUGGCAGUCAAUGGCAAUGACAAAGAGAGAAAGGAAGACAAGGAGAAAGACAAAGACAGAAAAAGAAAACGGAGUCGAAGUCGAGAUAGGGAUCGGAAAGAGAAGACUCGCGAAAAGGACAGGAAAAGAAGUAAAAGCCGAGACAGGGAUAGGACUAAAGAUAAGGAGAGAGACAGAGACCGGGAUAGAGAUAAGGAUAAGGAUAAGGAUAAGGAAAAAGAAAAGGAAAGGGAGAGUCGAAAGGAUAGAGACCGUCAUCCAGGGAGUCGUAGUCGCGAUCGUAAAUCCAAAAGUAAGAGCAAAGAAAGAGAGCGCCGCUCCAGAAGAAGCACAUCUAAAAGUAGAGACCGGAGGCGAAGAAGUCGAUCACCAAAUUGGGAGCGUUUUGGAGGAGGUGGACGCGGUCGCUAUCGAUCGCGAUCCAGGAGUCCUAUGCGUUACGAUGAGUUGCCACCCGAGGAAAGGGAUCAGAGGACUGUCUUCUGCAUGCAAUUGGCCGCAAGAGUUAGAGUCAGAGAUUUAGAGGAGUUCUUCACAGCUGUCGGCAAAGUGAGAGAAGUUCGGCUUAUUAUGGAUAACAAGACUCGAAGACAUAAAGGCAUCUCUUAUAUCGAGUUCUAUGACAUCUCAUCGGUUCCGUUAGCGUUGGCCCUCUCGGGCCAGAAGUUGUGCGGCGUUCCCAUCAUUAUACAGCCCACUCAGGCUGAGAAGAACCGAAUGGCCACCACAGCCACCAGUAUUCAGAGGGGUUUCGCCGGACCGAUGAGGCUAUACGUGGGUUCCCUGCACUUCAACAUCACUGAAGACAUGCUGAGAGGCAUCUUCGAGCCGUUCGGACGGAUCGACAAAAUAGAACUCAUGAGAGAUAUGGAAACCAAUCGAUCGAAAGGUUACGGUUUUAUCGCUUUUCACGACGCGGACGACGCCAAGAAGGCGUUGGAACAGUUAAAUGGCUUCGAACUGGCCGGUCGUCCCAUGAAAGUGAAUCACGUGACGGAGCGCCAGGAGAUGAUGGCCGGGCCGUCCAUUCUUGACUCGGAUGAGAUGGACAGGACGGGCAUCGACUUGGGAACCACCGGAAGGCUCCAACUAAUGGCCAAAUUAGCUGAGGGCACGGGUAUUCAAUUACCUCAGGCGGCAGUCAAUGCCCUUCAGAUCAGUAGUCAGGCGGCUGUGACGGCAGCGCCCACUUCCACCACAAACUCGAGUAACGGAAGCGCUCAGGCGAUCGCAACGCAAUGUUUUAUGUUGAACAACAUGUUUGAUCCCGACAACGAAGACACCAGAGCUAACCCUCUCUGGUUUGAAGAGAUCAGGAAUGAUGUCAUCGAAGAGUGCCGUAAACACGGCGGCGCUCUUCAUGUGUUCGUUGAUAAGGCCUCCAAAGGAGAUGUUUAUGUCAAGUGUCCCACAAUUUCUGCGGCAACCGCUUCGGUAACCGCUCUUCACGGCCGAUGGUUCGCAGGUCGAUUAGUGACUGCAGCCUAUGUUCCAGUCAUUCAUUACCACAACUUAUUCACCGAUUCUGCGAUCGCCACGACACCCCUCUAACCAAUGAGUCGGACAUCACUUUUGGAUAUUUUUCAAGGAAACGAUUGCAUAAAACAUAAAGCUUUAUAUUUGAGACUUGUGUCCAUUUUUUGUGUC